AAUUACACUAUUCUUCAUUUUAAUUUACGACAAAAUUUCAUCUCGAAAAAAGUUCUCAAAAGUAAUAUUUGCAAAAAUCUAUCUACGGAACCCUAACAAAUAAUUAAAUACAACAAUAAAACAGCAACAAUAGUAGAUCUUAUCAAUCUUAUUAAAACUACAACUUAAUUACAAACAUAUUAUGUUAUAAUUUCUUAAAAAAAUCCCACUACGGCGAUACUCGAUCAAUAAUUCAACAUGGCGGAUAUCUAUCAAUAUAAUAAUUCUGUCAAAGUUUAAUUGAAAUUCCACACAAAGAGAAUGCCGGUAUUGAUACAUUAUGAUCGUGCAAAAGAGCCAUACGGGCAAUUUACAACUGAAUUACAAAUCUGGCCGCGACUAAAUACACACAAGGGUCAAAUCAAUUGUCAUACUACCAUCUCUCUCCGACACCCACAAUCCCCCUAAGUUAAACAGAGAUGGAGUCUACAAAAGAUGUUGUUUAGCAAUGAAAAGCGGCCGGUUAACGCCUACUAAACGAACGGGGAAGGGUGAAAAAGCUUGUUUGUCCGGAGGCGUGGUCUCGAGACGAGGCGAGGCGCAGUCGCUCGGCCACCGCCGUCGGGAGCAGUGCCCGCGUCAACCUCUCUUGACAUUUCAAUCUGACAGCCGUGUCGUACUAACAAGACAAAAAACAUGCCAAUCGGUGCUUAACGUGAAUUGACUCGAACUUUGUGAAGUGAACAGUGAGAUGGCGUUUGAAGAUCGUUGCAGUCCGAACCAGGCGAACAGUCCUGGUCCAGUCGCUGGCAGAGUACCAGCCCCACAUCCUGACAGCCCCAUGAACUAUACCCCACAAAGCCAGUACACCUGCACCACCAUAGAAUCCAGGUACGAGAGGAGUUCUCCAAACAUGACGAUAAUCAAAGUGCAACCAAACUCGCCACCUCCAAGCCCAGGGCACCAAGAAAUGGACAACUUCCAGAACUACUUUAGACCUGAAACUCCAGAUGUGAAACCUCAAAUAAACCCAGAAGACAGAUUCGAAGACAAACUAAGAAACCAGAGAGCACAGCCGUCGGUACCCAUAGCAUUCUCGAUAAGCAACAUCCUGCAUCCAGAAUUUGGUUUGAACGCGAUCAGGAAAACUAGCAAAAUUGAGGGUCCGAAACCAGUAGGCCCGAACCACAGUAUUCUCUACAAACCUUAUGACCUAUCUAAGCCUCAAAAUGACUACCAAAAAUACAGUUUCGACUAUUUAAAGUCGAAAGAGUCUGAAUUUACAUCUAUGCCGCCUCUAGGAGGGCUGAGGCAAACGGUAUCCCAAAUUGGAGAGACUGUUUCUCAAGUGGCUAAAGAACGGGAGCUGCCGAAGGUGAUUGAGGCCCAAAAGAGGCCUGAUUCUGCCAGUUCUGUGGUCUCCUCGACCUCAAGUGGGGCGCUAUCGACAUGUGGAAGUACUGACACCAAUAGCCAGUCUGGGAACGGCCAGCUUUGGCCCGCGUGGGUGUAUUGCACCAGAUACAGCGAUCGACCCAGUUCCGGUCCAAGAAGUAGAAGGAUGAAGAAGAGAGCCACUCCAGAAGAAAAGAGACCUAGAACUGCCUUCAGCGCGGCCCAGCUUGCUAGACUAAAGCACGAGUUCGCGGAGAACCGCUACCUGACGGAGCGGCGGCGCCAGAGCCUGGCUGCGGAGCUGGGGCUGGCCGAGGCCCAGAUCAAGAUCUGGUUCCAGAACAAGCGGGCCAAGAUCAAGAAGGCGUCGGGCCAGAGGAACCCGCUGGCGCUGCAGCUCAUGGCGCAGGGACUCUACAACCACAGCACUGUUAACGAGAGCGAUGAAGAAGAGGAAAUUAAUGUCACAUAAGUAUAGGGCAUUCUGUUUCAAAAUGCCCUGUAUAAAAAUAUAGGGCAUAUGUUGUCAAUAUGCCUUCUGGUUUCGGCUGUUAGAAUUGAAGGAAUUAGAAGGAGGCGUUAUGUUUCAUAAUGCCCUGUGAGGUCGAUUUAAGUGAUUGUUUCGAGUAGUGAUGAAUCUUAAGGGCAUUAUAUUAGAUAUGCUUUUAAGGAGGUUUGGACAAUACAAGUGAUGGUAAAUGAAGAAUGUGCUUUGUAAGAAGUCAAUUUGAAACAUAGACAGUAUGUUUCCGUAUGUAUAAUAGUAACUUGACUUUUUGAGUCGAAUAAUUGGUUCUUUGCCAUAAAGGACUUUGUAAAUAUGUUUGAAAAAUGCGUCUAAUUAGUCUGAAUAUGUUAAAUGAAUUUUAAGGCCAUUUUGAGACUAAACUAUUACUACUAAUAAAUCAAAUAGUUGAUAGAAUGCGUUGUUAUGUGAAAUAAUUCGAUUCAUUUUGCACAAGGAAUCGUUCGUUUAACUCAUCUUUACUCGCGGCCCCAUGUGUGUGUAACCCUUGUGACACACAGUGACGUUGUGUACUAACACAGCUUUCAUUUAUGUGUCACUGUCACACACAUUAAAGCUUCUAUAGUAAACAGUCGCUGUCAAUCGCACGCACACAUAGCGCCGCGCGCACAUACGAUUAGAACUCUCCAUAAUCAAUUUCUUACAAUAAAUGAUCAUCAAAUCCGCUCAGAUUUAAAACCUUUUUUAAGGUUUUGGCAAUUGGUAUUUCGGUGCAAAUGUAAAUAAUACAUAAUAGUUUAGGUGUAUAAUAUUUUAUUAAUAAAAAAAUGUUCCUGAUAGUCUUAUAAAUAUAGAAAUUAGUGUAUUUAUUGCCGAUUAGUUUGAGAGAGUUAAUUGUAGUCAUAUUAAGUUGGUUUUGACUUCAUCUUGAUCAGUUGAAGAAGGUUGCAUUUGUGUAAGAGAGAAAAUGCUCUACGACUUGUACUGUACCGUCUCGCUUCCACUAUUUUAUUAAAAAAAAUACCAUCAAAAAUAUUUUCUUUUGAGCACCUGACAGUUGACAGUCUGAGUGACAUUAAAGGCAGCUAAAUUAUAGUAAAGAAAAAAAAGGUAAAUUAAACAGCGAUGCCAAUAUAUUUCACAAAGGUUGGAAAGAGAUGGCGAUAUCUUGUGACUGUUUUCAGACACGCCGAUUUAUAUUGCCGUACUUUUUUAGCUAA